CACUUACUCAAUCAAUCAAUCACUCUCUCUCACACAAAUAUACGGAUCUGUUCAGUGGAUUACACACACACACACACACACACACACACUGCCAGCAUGCAGCUCACAUUCUCAUCUGUGGGUGUCCUGCUGCUCAUCCUGCUCCUGGACAAAGCUCCUGAGGCGUGGGGCACGUUUGUGCCGGGGAGGUGCCAGUGCCUGCGGGUGAUGGAGAGAACGCCAGGGCGCCCCCUGGACUUCAGCGUCAGCCCACGCAACUCUCACUGCCACACUGACGAGAUCAUGGUUAAUAUGAGAGGCCAGGCCAAGCUCCUGUGUCUGAGUCCGUCUGGCAGGCAGGGCAAACGGCUGCUGAAGUGUUGGAGAAGGGUUACCAGUCAAGGCAAGGACAAAAAGCAGUGCCUGAAAACCCCGAAGAACCAAAGGAACCGAAAGAACCGAAAGAACCAAAGGACGCAGAGGCGGCAUCAGGAGGAGAAGAAACAAUAAAGACCCCACGCAGCCACUCCACUGCAGAAGCUCACACACACACACACACACACACACACACACACACCCAACUGCAUCCUGUGUGUGUGUGUCAUGUCUCUUUUGAGUGUGAGUCACACCCGAGCAACCCAGCACCCAGGACACAACAGCAGGAAGAACCUGUUUGAUGUGCAACAUGAGACAUGACAAAGAACUUUAAAAAGACUGUAGCAUUCGUGUGGGUGUGUGUGAAAUAGGAUGAAACACUUCCUCUUAAAGCACAUUCGAAACACACAGCACUCUGCACACACACAAAUACACGCACACACACAUUACACUCUGCACACAGCACACCAAGUGAACAGCUUGGCCUUGUGUAUGAGCACCUCCUGUCCACACACACACACACACACACUGUGUGGAACGGGUUAGGCCAGUACUGAUUCUACCUGAGCUCCUCUCUAAAAUAGGCCAGUGAUCAGUGAUGUUCUUCCUAGCAGGCUAUCACACAGCUGAAGACACACAACUUUAGGGCAAACAUGCCCGCAAAAACUGCUGCAAUAUUUAUUGCCUUUUGUGACCCUUUUUGUAAAUAAAUAAAUGAAAACGAAAACAA